GGCACAGCCGUCUCCAGUCCGCCAGAGGAGAGCAGUCGUGCUCCCAGUGGAAGAUGGCGGUGGGGAUGCUGUCUGGGGCUGGAGCAGUGUGCUGGAUUUGCACAAAAAGCGAACCUAGAUGGAUAUAACGGAAAAAUGAACACAUUGCUAUCUCAUUUCCUCGAGGUCUGGACUCUUUUAGUGCUGUUUAACUAGAGUCUGCUGCCUUUUUUACCGGCACAAACCCGGGCUUCUUGUCGGGGAUUCACAGACUAUACAUUGCUAGCUCAGCGCAUAGACAGGGUGGGAGUAAAAAGUGGACAAAAAUGUCGGAUUCAAAGGUAAAAGUUGCAGUGAGAGUUCGGCCCAUGAACCGCAGGGAAAUUGAACUGAAUACAAAAUGUGUUGUGGAUAUGGAAGACAACCAAACAGUUCUGCACCCUCCACCCUCAAAUGGAAAAGGAGACAACAGGAAACAAUCCAAGGUGUUUGCUUUUGACCACUGUUUCUGGUCCAUGGAUGAAUCCAACGUUCCCAAAUAUGCUGGUCAAGAGGUGGUGUUCAAGUGCCUUGGAGAGGGAAUACUUGAUAAUGCAUUCCAGGGAUAUAAUGCCUGCAUAUUUGCCUAUGGACAGACAGGUUCAGGCAAGUCCUUCUCCAUGAUGGGGAAUGGGGAGCAGCCGGGUUUAAUCCCUCGACUCUGCUGCUCGCUGUUUGAGAGGAUCCACAAGGUGGAGAACGAGGGCCAUACUUUUAAGGUGGAGGUGUCCUACAUGGAGAUAUACAACGAGAAGGUCCGUGACCUCCUCGAUCCUAAAGGGGGCCGACAUUCCCUUAAGGUCCGGGAACACAAAGUCCUGGGGCCGUAUGUGGAUGGCUUGUCUCAGCUGGCUGUGAGCAACUUUGAGGACAUUGAGGUGUUAAUGUCAGAGGGGAACAAAUCCCGCACAGUUGCAGCCACCAACAUGAACGAGGAGAGCAGUCGGUCACAUGGCGUCUUCAGUAUCAUUGUAACACAAACACUUCUUGAUCUACGGUCUGGGAAUUCAGGGGAGAAAGUGAGCAAGCUGAGUUUGGUCGACCUGGCAGGAAGUGAGCGAGUGUCCAAGACUGGAGCUGCUGGGGAGAGACUCAAAGAGGGCAGCAAUAUUAACAAGUCCCUUACCACGUUAGGCUGUGUGAUCUCUGCUCUGGCGGAUCAGUCUGCAGGGAAGGGGAAGGCCAAGUUUGUGCCGUACAGAGACUCCGUCCUCACUUGGCUACUGAAGGAUAACCUAGGCGGAAACAGCAAGACAGCCAUGAUAGCCACAGUGAGUCCAUCAGCCGAUAACUACGAGGAGACGCUGUCCACACUACGCUAUGCCGACAGAGCCAAGAGAAUCGUCAACCAUGCCGUCGUGAACGAAGACCCCAACGCUCGGAUCAUCAGAGAGCUCAGGGAGGAGGUGGAGAAGCUCAAAGUUCAACUCUCUCAGGCCGAGUCAUUGAAGGCCCCUGAGCUGAAGGAGAAACUGCACGAGUCUGAGAAACUCAUUCUGGAUAUGACUGUCACCUGGGAGGAGAAACUAAGAAAGACAGAGGAGAUUGCCACUGAGCGUCAAAAGCAGCUGGAGAGCAUGGGCAUCUCUCUGGAAACAUCAGGGAUUAAAGUGGGGGAAGACAAGUGUUUCCUGGUCAACCUGAAUGCAGAUCCUGCCCUCAAUGAGCUGCUGGUCUACUACCUGAAGGAGCACACGCGUGUGGGCGCAGACACGUCUCAGGACAUCCAGCUCUUCGGUAUCGGUAUCCAGCCGGAGCACUGUGUCCUGGAGCUCUGCCCGGACGGUGAUGUCACCCUGACCCCCAUUGGGAAUGCCAGGACCUGUGUUAACGGAACAAUGAUUGAUUCAUUGGUGUACCUGUGGCAUGGAGAUCGGAUCUUAUGGGGCAACAAUCACUUCUUCAGGAUUAAUCUGCCUAACCGAAAGCAGCGGGACCGUUUAAAGGAGCUGGAUAGAGCUUCCCCCAGAGAGAGCUUCAUCGAGGCAGACGUGGAGACGGCCAGCGAGGCAUCCUCUGAGCAGGACUACAGCUAUGAGUUUGCCCAGAUGGAGGUCAUAAUGAAGACUCUGGGGAACAAUGACCCCAUGCAGAAUGUGGUCCAGGUGCUGGAGAAGCAGUACCUGGAGGAGAAGCGGACGGCGCUUGAAGAGCAGAGAGUGAUGUACGAACGAGAGCUGGAGUCGCUACGGCAACAGCUGUCUCCUGAAAAGAAUCAACAACACCACCGCAGCAGCAGCGAGCGCCUCACGUUCCCGACACACACACCGCACGGCAAACUGCGACUGUGGACAGAGGAGCGGGAUGAGCUUUUUCGUCAGAGUCUGUCCCGACUCAGAGUGCAAGUCGUGAAAGCCAACACCUUGGUGCGAGAAGCUAACUUUUUGGCAGAGGAGAUGAGCAAACUGACGGACUAUCAGGUCACCCUUCAGAUUCCUGCGGCCAACCUCAGCGCCAACCGCAAGCGUGGAGCUAUAGUGAGCGAGCCGGCCAUUCAGGUGAGGAGAAAGGGGAAGGGGACCCAGGUGUGGACCAUUGAGAAGCUGGAAAACAAACUGGUGGAUAUGAGAGACCACUACGGGGACUGGAGGGAAGGCACAGAAGAGCUGUAUAACAAGGCAAACAGUAAAUACUGUGACCCAUUCUAUGAGGCACAAGAGAACCACAACCUGAUAGGAGUGGCCAACAUUUUUCUAGAGUGCCUUUUUCAUGAUGUCAAACUACAAUAUGCAGUCCCCAUCAUCAGCCAGCAAGGAGAGGUAGCAGGCAGGUUGCACAUUGAGCUGAUGCGGGUGAGUGGAGCUGUCCCAGAGCGCCUGUCUGGGGGAGACGACUCUUCAGAGAACUCCAGUGAGAGCAGCUGCUUUGAGGUGAUGGACACCAACGGGGAGAUCGUCCAUAUGUCUAAGAGGCUCACCUGCAGGGUGCGGAUCAGAGAGGCCACAGGUCUGCCGCUCAACCUGUCCAACUUUGUCUUCUGUCAAUACACCUUCUGGGAGCACGGCGAGCCCACUGUGGCCCCCCCCAUGGUCAGCCCAGACAGUCCUUCCCCUCGAAGCCCAGACGCCCAGUUCACUGUCCAGUUUGAUCAGUGCAAGGACUACGUUGUGCAUGUGACAGAUGAGUUUUUAGAGUUUAUAUCAGAUGGAGCGUUGGCCAUAGAAGUGUGGGGUCACCGCUGUGCCGGGAACGGAGUUUCGCUGUGGGAGUUAGAUGCACUGGAAGCCAAGACCCAGACGCUACGAGACAGGUGGAGUGAGGUGUCUCGUAGGAUCGAGCUGGUGAUAUCCAUCCAGGAGUUGAAUGAGCAGGGAGAGUACUCAUCUGUUGAGCUGAAUCCUGGAAAAGAUAUCAGCACAGGAGGAGUCUUCCAACUCCGACAGGGUCACUCCAGGAGGCUGCAGGUGUGUGUGAAGCCGGUCCAAAACUCGGGCACCCUGCCUCUGCUGGUGGAGGCUGUGCUGUCUGUGUCCAUCGGCUGUGUGUCCGUUCGCUGCACCAAACUUCAGAGACCACUGGACAGCUACCAGAGAGAGGAGGAAGACGAUAUGGAUAGUUAUCAGGUACCCUCUCAGUCUCCCCCUGCUGCUGCUGCUCCCCCUUUAGCUCACUCUGCAGCAUGCAGGAAACCACCUUCAUCACGUGUUUGCCUUCCACUUACUCAGGUGUCGGCAGUGUGUUCCUGGGACUCAUCCAUCCAUGACUCUGUGUAUCUCAACCGCAUCACUUCUCCUAACGAACGCAUUUACCUGAUCGUCAAAGCCACGGUGCAGCUCAGCCACCCAGCCUCUAUGGAGCUGGUGCUCCGUAAGAGGAUCGCUGUCAACAUCUACAACAAACAGAGUUUCACCCAGAGUCUCAAGAGAAGAAUGUCCUUAAAGAAUGCAGUAUUUGCCUGUGGUGUGACUUAUGAGAUUGUUUCCAACGUACCAAAGGCCUCAGAGGAGCCAGAAGAAAGGGAAACUUUGGCCCUUAUGGCUGCUCGUGGUGACAGUGAGCAGACUCAGGAUGGAGAAACCUACAUAGAGAAGUACACAAGGGGAGUUCUGGAAGUAGAGAACAUCCUUAGUCUGGAGAGGCUAAGACAGGCUGUAACAGUAAAGGAAGCACUCACCAACAAGGGAAGACACCUAAGAAGGAGUAUCAGCACACCAAAUGUACAGCAUUCUUCGUGUAGUAAAACAGACCUGACUGGUUGUGAGGAUGAAGACUGUAAGGACCACUGUGAUCACGUGGACACCAACUGCAAUCCCCCAGAUGUCUUGCUUUGUACAACACCGAUCAAAUGCAAGGAGAAUCCAGGUUUUGUUCCAGAGAGCCCUACAUUUUUCAACUCCAGCCCCUUCAAAGCCCUCUCCCCUCAGCCACCGAAGUUCCUCAAGUCCCUGCUUCCUGUCAAAGAGGAGAACAAAGCAAAGAAAGUCCUGGAGGCCCGGCCCCUGCUGGGACAGGAGAGCAUGCGCUCAUGUGUGGACAGCCCUGCACUGCUCCCCCCUCCCUGCCCCUGGCGCCGGCCCAGGGCAGGCAGCGAGGGCCACUGCACGCCUUCCACCCCCACCCCCACCUCCACCUCCACCACCCCCACUCCCACUCAGGACUCUGAGGACGAGGAUGUGGACAUGUCUCUGAAUCUCGAUCGGAGCCCUCAGGACCACAACAGCUUCCCACCUUACAUCCCGGAGGACUUUGCAAACUUUGAGAUCUACAAUGCAACUCUGGAGAACCAGGAGGGGUUUCUAUCGUUCCGCUCCGAGUUGAAGGGAAGUCGGUGUGGAGCUGGGAGUGGAGAGAGGGAGGUGCCUCGAAGCCCCACAGCCAGCAGUUGCACUAGUGGCUACUUCUCACACAGUGCCUCCGACGCUACGCUGUCCGACAUGCCUUUCAGUGGCAGUGAGAGCUCUGACCACCUCAGCGGCACUUCCAGAGACCCCCAAGACCCUCCUGCCUGCCCUACUGGAAGAGGUUGUACCCAAACCAAAAGUGUUUCUGCAGGGAGUGACAUCCAGCAGCCUCCUCUCUCAACAGGUGGGGAUCAGGAUCCCGCCUCUUCGCCUGUCAGUAUUCCUCAAUGCAAAGACAAGCGGCUAACAUUCCCUUUGCCUCACAACCGUGUGCUCGGUAGCAGCCAGGAGUUCAGCGACUUUAAAGGGGCCGAUGACAGUAUUGUAGACAGUGAUUUAGCACAUUUCACACAGGGAUGGGAGCAGGAGGGUGUGGAUAAAGAAACAUGUGACACUGGCAGUCAACCCUCCUCUGAUUUCUCUAGUAAUAUAUCAGUUUCCGAAGACAUAUCAACUUCUACAUGCAAAUGUCCAAAUAAUACAGGCAACGUUAAUGUAGCCAGAGCCCCAGUAUCUGUCCCUGACAAAGCUCCAACUCCUGCGUCACCUUCCCCACUCUCACCUGUAUCUACACCCCGGUGCUCUGCCCCCCCUAUGCGAGCAGGAGGAGAACCUCCAAUAGAGGAGCCGGCCCAGGGGGACCUGCCCCACGGGAGCCCCUGUCCCAGUCCCAACCCCAGCAGCGCAGAGCCCUCAGGGGACUCCAGCGGGGACGAGAGCACCCCCGCAGCUCAGCUCCCUGACUGGAUGGCCCCGGGGGAGCAGGUGUGGGUGGGGAAGAGAAAGGGAAUGGUCCACUACGUCGGAGGGGUGGAGUUUGCUAAGGGGAUCUGGAUUGGUGUGAAGCUUGACAUGGCAGUGGGUAAACACAACGGGACUGUCCAGGGCAGGGUGUACUUCCGCUGCCCCCUGGGUCACGGUGUGUUUGUGAAGCCAUCUCGUCUGAACAGAGGGCCGCCCUCCAUGGACACAGAGCCCCAGACUCUGAUCAGAUAGGACCCAAAGAAGGACCAUCUCUCUGAGGAAAGGCAUGGAGCCGAGGGGGGUCUUCAUAUCCCGUGCCCGACUCCUCUUCUUGUGAUGGAGAUGUAAUCUGUGGACGUCUAUGCUUUCCUAAAGCAUAUCUGACCUGUGCAUUUAAUGAAGGUAUAUCCAGAAUACUGUUCACUGAAAAUUCACUAUGCACAUAUAUGAGUUUUCCAUACAUGGAUAUCUUUUGAUAGUAAACAACCUUUAACCGUGAGUCCAUGUGGAAAUAUUACCCACAUGCAUUUUCUUACGUUGUUUUCUAAACAUUAUCUAUGAUAUUUUUGUAAGACAGACAAUGCAUCCUCUCUGAUGCUCAUAUUGGAGUUAUGUGGGUUAUAAGGAUAAAGAAUGUACUACUGGUUAAACAUUGAUAUUUACAUCAAUAUGAUCUGUCAGGGGUAACCAAAGAACUACGGUUCCAUAUCUGCUGUUAUAAGUAAUAUGCUUUUUGUUUUUUUAACGUGUGUAUGUGGAGGCAAACACUAUAAAAUGGUAUGUGUCCAAGUUAAGCUUAGUGCCAUAUCUCUAGGAGUAAUGCCACAUGCCCUGAACAGAGGACGAAUCUGCUAAAACUGACUGCAGAUCAUGUUGAAUGAUCAUGUUGAAUGAUCCUGUUGAAGUACUGUUAACACUGUGGUGGAAAUAAUCCCCAUCCAGCAUGGGACUGAUGCUGUUUGAAAGCUUGCACUGGAAAGGAUUCUUGGAGAGUUUGCUGACUGUCUUCCAUAUCGGACUGAUGAGGUAUUUUCUAUCCGAAGAGAGAAAAAACCCUGUGUGAUCACUUUAAUCCGGGGAGCCAAGGCCUGGAUGUACUGAUGCCUUAAUGCCCUGUUUCCAUAAAGGCAGGCACAUAAACCCCUGACUGCUCAAUGAACUCUGUUACAUGUUCACUGAGUUUUAAACAAACUAUCUGUAUGGACCCGAAACCUGUGUAUGUAUAUCCUAAAAUGCCCAGAGGCUUUCAAAAUGCCACCCAGCCUUGCUGACUGACUGAAGACCUUUUUAACUGAUUGCCUAUCUGCAUUUUAUAUGUUAACUGACUGUUAUAUAACACUACAUGUAGAAAGGUACUAAAUAAUGCUUUUAUUUCACAUGGACGAUUGGAUGAAUGGGUAAUGGACAGUUAAAAAUAGUUUAGUUAUAAAGAAGAGCUGACCUUAUUUUUAUGAAAUUGGUGGACUUUGGAACUGACUAGAAAUAGUUUAUAUAUCCAAGCUGUAAUGUCAAGUAAAUCAAACAAACCCAAGACCUUACUUUAAGAAGAGAACAAAGCUGCUCUCCCCCGAAAGGAGUUGUAAAUAGAAAUGUAUUUGAACAUAGUAUUUACACUAUUAUAAUGUACAGAAUUGUAUUUAUAAUGUAUCGCAAACUGUUUUAAUUGGUACAAAAUGUUCUAGAAUAGAACAUUUGC